AUGUCAAAUUCUCCAAUUUUCAGUGUCCAGACGGAUAUGAGCGAUGAUAGACGUCGUGAGCUAGAGCAGAUAGUCGGCGGUGCCAAAACACUUUCAGGAGCAUCGAAUAUCCAAGCGAUGGCAAACGAUGUUAAAAGAGAAUGUGAUUCCCGCUUUGGUGGAAAUUGGCACUGCCAUGUUGGGCCCCGUUUCGGAAGCUCAUUCCCCUAUGAAGCCAAUACGUAUUUCUAUGCAGAAUGGUCGAAUCUCAGUAUCCUUGUGUACAAAUUCAUGUGA